AUGAGCUCUCGCACUAUUGCGGUUUCUGGCGGUACAGGCAAGCUUGAUCGCGCUAUCGUCGAAGAGCCUAUCACCCAUGGAGGCCCUAAGGUUUUCAUUCUCAGUCGCAAGGCAAGCAUUCUUUCUGCGGUUAUGCUAGCUACCGAUUACGACAAUGUCAAUAGUAUCGUCAAGCAACUCGAGACCAACGACGUAGACACCGUCAUCUCGACCUUGAGCUCUACGUUCGGCACAGACUCUGAAAUUGCACUUACUAAAGCAGCGGAUAGCUCUACAAAGACUGCACGAUACGUCCCUAGUAUUUAG